ACAGCAUUCUGCCACAACAUGAAACAUAAGCAAGUUUUAUCAGUGAUUGCUGCUCUGUUUGACACUUUAUUAUUUGGUGGAAUAAUAUUCGGUUGGCCUUCCCUGGAUUUCGUGCUGAAGCGAGAGGGUUAUUUUUCUUCUAAAUGUGAAAUAGAAACUGGUGAUUUAAAGAACGGGACAACCGUAGCUUCCUCUGAGAAAAGCUUGAAUUGUCCAAGUCAAGAUAUCGCCCUAAACUUGGUCUACACGUUGUCUACUACCAUUGGCGGUGUAUCUACGUUCCCACUCGGUUAUCUGUUUGAUCGUUUCGGUGCCUGGAAAUUUCGAACGGGUAGUAUCUUAACAUUUAUACUGGCCUGUACCGCUAUUGCGUGCUCGAAUAAGGAAACCUCUUGGUUGCUAUACAUAGCAAUGCCAGUUGUGGCUGUGUGUAGUUUUGCCAUUCUCACUUCGAACACUCCAAUCGGAUACUUUUGCGUAGCAGCGCAAGCAACAGUAAUUUCAAUCAUCUAUGGUGCGUUUGAUUCUUCAGCAGCUGUGAUGGUGGUAAUGAAGAUUGCUUCACAAUUGGGAGCAACCGUAGCUGAAAUAUUUACUUUCUAUGGCGCUUUGUUACUCCUCUCACUUGUUUACACAUUCGUGCUGAUGCCAAGAAUGCAUGUCCCAUUCAACGUACCAGAUGGUUACCAGUACGGUGUCACAGAAUGUUGUUGUUUUAACAACCCAAUCUCUUCACCACAAAACACCAACACGCCAAAUCAAAGCAGAAGAAAAAGAUCGGGAGUUUCAGAAUCAACUCCUCUCUUAGCUAACCAAGGCGAGGAACAGAAAACGUUUUCUUCGACCCUGAAAGACCUGUCCUAUUGGCUCAACGUGUUGUACUUGUCUAUCCUACAACUCCGGUUGUAUGUAUUUUAUGGCACUUUAAAUCAAUGGAUAUCUACGCUUACAAGUAACCGUGAACAACAGAGCAAAUAUAUCACAGCGUUUGGAUUCAUACAACUCACCGGGAUCUUAAUUGCGCCCUUUAGCGGCGUGAUGACUGACAUGAUGACGAAGUAUUAUCGAAAGUCUGUCACAUGUUCUGAACAAGUUGUUCGGAAACGAGGUGUUUGCUUCACGAUUGGUUGCACGUGUUUAAUGGCAACUAUCUUCUCUGCACUUGUUCUGAUUCCUGUGUUGGAAAUCCAGUACAUCACAUUUUUCGUGCAGAACGCCGCCCGCACUUUUCUCUAUGCUGGCAAUGGCGCUUUCCUCGCCACUACAUUUCCAAGCGAACAUUUCGGAAAACUUAAUGGUCUUACCAUUGGAAUUGCCUCUGUCGUGUCGUUACUUACAUACCCCAUUAAUAUUCUUGUUUUAAAAGUUUUUGGCGGUAGCUUUGUUGUUGUGGAUUCCGUGUUCUUGGGUUUGUGUGUUUUAACAUUUGUACAUCCAGUGGUUUUGUUUUUUCGAACCAAACCUAGCUAAGCAUUAUUAGAACGGAUGCUAUCAGUGUUUUAAUCUGUAAUAUGUAUAGGCCUACCAGCUGUGUGAAACAUUACUUUCAUUUGGUGCUGAGAAUGUUUGAAAGUGGUUUUGUAAUAAUGAAAGAAUGGAUAAUACCAAAACAUCAGUUUAUCCAGACUAGUAGAUCCUGUGCACUCAUUUGCUAUUUUUUUGUUAGGCCUACAGUAAAAGAGUGAUUGAUAUUGCUUUGAUUCCUACUGUAUUAAAACCAAAAAACAAAAUUGUGUAGUUUAUUUACAGAUGUUAAAGUAUAUGAUAACAACCAUUGGAUCUGCAACGUAACUGUUUUAGAGAUUUUCCAAUCUACCAUUUGCUUACUGUAAACUAAUACAACAGAUAAAAUAAUUACAAAUAAAAUUUGUUUUUCGAA